CGGUACCUAUUCGUCGGUGUUGUUAUAUACCUAUCCGAGCUCUUCAUAAUUCGAAUACGCUUUUCAAUUGUACAAUUCACUUGCAUCAUUCGUUGAAUACAGUCGUGUUCAGUGUUCAGUGUUCUUUGAAUAAAUUUGUGAAGAAAAUUCUUUUUUUAAAAAAACAUAAAAAUGAGAGAAAUCGUACAUAUUCAAGCUGGCCAAUGCGGUAACCAAAUUGGAGCCAAGUUCUGGGAAAUCAUUUCCGAUGAGCAUGGUAUCGAUGCUACUGGUGCCUAUCACGGCGACAGCGAUCUCCAAUUGGAACGCAUCAACGUUUACUACAAUGAGGCAUCCGGUGGAAAGUAUGUCCCCCGUGCCGUUUUGGUCGAUUUGGAACCGGGAACCAUGGAUUCCGUUCGAUCGGGACCAUUCGGUCAAAUUUUCCGACCCGAUAACUUUGUUUUCGGUCAAUCUGGUGCCGGUAACAACUGGGCCAAGGGACAUUACACCGAAGGCGCUGAAUUGGUCGAUUCGGUAUUGGAUGUGGUGCGCAAAGAAGCCGAAUCGUGCGAUUGUCUGCAAGGUUUUCAACUAACUCAUUCACUUGGUGGCGGUACUGGAUCCGGUAUGGGAACACUACUCAUCUCAAAGAUCCGUGAAGAAUAUCCCGACAGAAUCAUGAACACAUACUCGGUUGUACCAUCACCAAAAGUAUCCGACACCGUUGUCGAACCGUACAAUGCCACACUGUCGGUUCAUCAACUGGUCGAAAACACAGACGAAACGUACUGCAUUGAUAACGAGGCUCUGUACGACAUCUGUUUCCGCACAUUGAAAUUGACGACACCAACUUAUGGUGAUUUGAACCAUUUGGUAUCACUUACAAUGUCUGGAGUCACAACCUGUCUACGUUUCCCCGGUCAAUUGAAUGCCGAUCUUCGUAAAUUGGCCGUCAACAUGGUCCCAUUCCCGCGUCUACAUUUCUUCAUGCCUGGUUUCGCCCCACUCACGUCCCGUGGAUCUCAACAAUACAGAGCACUCACCGUACCAGAAUUGACCCAACAAAUGUUCGAUGCCAAGAACAUGAUGGCUGCUUGUGAUCCACGACAUGGACGCUACUUGACAGUUGCUGCCAUUUUCCGUGGCCGUAUGUCCAUGAAGGAAGUGGACGAACAGAUGCUGAACAUUCAAAAUAAGAACAGCAGCUACUUCGUCGAAUGGAUCCCGAACAAUGUUAAAACAGCCGUCUGUGACAUUCCACCAAGAGGCUUGAAAAUGUCCGCCACAUUCAUCGGCAAUUCGACCGCCAUCCAAGAACUAUUCAAACGAAUCUCUGAACAAUUUACCGCUAUGUUCCGUCGCAAGGCUUUCUUGCAUUGGUACACUGGUGAGGGUAUGGACGAAAUGGAAUUCACUGAAGCCGAAAGCAACAUGAACGAUUUGGUGUCCGAAUAUCAACAAUAUCAAGAUGCCACCGCCGACGAAGACGCCGAAUUCGAUGAAGAACAGGAAGCUGAAGUCGACGAAAACUAAAUUGCACACGUCAACAUCUCGAACACUAAAAAAAACUUUCUUUUUUUAUUCAUUUUCACUGCCGCUCAGACUAUUUUGAUACAAUAGCAGUUAACUACCAAGGAAAUAAGAUAUAAUUUUAACCAAAAAAAAAAAGUUUGUCUGCAAUAAAAUUCCAUUUUUAUGUGUAACGUUCGUAUCAGUUCUAUAAGAACGCCAAUCGAAUAAUAUAAUUUCUCGUUCUCAAUAAUUUAUUUUUUAAAAGAAACAAAAUAUCUAAAACGAAGAAGAGAAAAACAAAAAUGUGUUUUCUGUAUGUAGAAAAGAGGAAGGGCUCUUAGCUUAAACUCAUAUUUAUGGGAUAUUGUUGUCGACGAAAGGGAAAUAUAUUUUCAAAUAUUUUUCAUAAAUCGAGUGGAAUUCGGACCAAUUUGCUCUGCAUUAAAAUGUGUUGUAAUUUGCUUAUCUAGGCUUAUUGAAAAAAGAAAAGUUUUUUUGCAUAAAUUUUUUUUUAUUGAAAUUUGCCAAGAAUAAAAAAAAAUGUUUAAUUAAAAAAAGUUAA